AUGGGGGUUCAUAUGAACGCGCGGAGCUGGAGAAGGUACGUCUCGGGUGUUGUCCUGUUCUCUGCCAUGAUUCACACAUCAUUCACUGUAACUCACUAUUCGAUCCCUGAAGAGAUGGAAGAGGGAUCCGUGGUUGCAAAUCUAGCCACCGAUUUAGGAUUGGAUUUAGAUACUUUGAUUAAACGGAAGGUACGACUUGAUGUUAUUGCUAAUAAGAAAUAUCUCGACAUAAACAAAGAAAAAGGAGAGCUCUACAUAUUAGAAAAGAUUGAUCGUGAGCUUCUUUGUCCUGCUAAAACGACUUGUUUCUUGAAAAUGGAAGUGAUUGUGGAGAAUCCUGUGCGCAUAUUUUACAUAGAAUUAGAAAUAACUGAUAUUAAUGACAAUAAUCCUCAUUUCCGACGCGACACUAUUCACUUGGACAUUUUGGAAUCGACUCCAGCAGGUGAAAGAUUUUCUGUCAGCAAUGCGGUGGAUUCUGAUGUUGGAUCCAAUUCGGUUAAAACUUAUUACCUCAGUGAAAGCGACCACUUUGGCAUAGAAAUACAGUCUGGCAGAGACGGCUCUAAGUUUGCUGAUUUAAUUUUGAAAAAGACGUUAGAUCGUGAAGUUCAAGCUAUCCAUAAUCUGAUACUUACUGCUGUAGAUGGCGGAGUUCCUGCGCGCUCUGGCACAGCCAGCAUCGUUGUUCGAGUGCAGGAUGUAAAUGACAACGCACCCAAGUUUGAUCGGGAAAGCUAUACAAUUAAUGUCACAGAGAAUUCCCCAAUCGGAAGCCUCGUCGUUAAACUAAACGCAUCUGACUUGGAUGAAGGCGCUAACUCAGAGAUUACAUAUUCUUUCGGUCUAUAUACCUCGGAAAAGGCACAAGAGGCUUUUAGUUUAAUCCCAGACACUGGCGAAAUAAGAGUUAAAGAAAUGAUUAAUUAUGAGGAUUUCCGAAUUUAUAACAUGGAGAUUAUAGCAAAGGAUAAAGGCACUAAUUCGUUAUCGGGACAGUGUAAAAUAACGAUUAUGAUUACAGACAUGAAUGACAAUCAUCCAGAAAUUUCACUGCGAUCUUUUUCGAAUCCGGUUAAGGAGGACAUCUCCGUAGGUACAGUUAUUGCAGUGAUUAGUGUUAGUGAUAAAGAUUCGGGUGUAAAUGGCGAAAUUGAUCUUCAUAUUCCUGAUAAUUUACCAUUUGCACUAAAAGAAUCAUCUGAGAAUUAUUACGAGGUCGUGGUAUCCGAACCACUUGACCGUGAAAAAGUUGCAGAAUAUGACAUCACAUUCACCGUCACUGACAGAGGAAACCCUCCAUUAUCUGAUAAUGAAACUGUAACUCUCGAACUGCUGGACGUUAAUGACAAUGUGCCACAGUUUCCACAAUCAUUUUAUACGAUACGGGUUAUGGAAAAUAAUCCGCCUGGAGCCUUACUGAGUUCCCUAACUGCACAUGACCCAGAUAUCCAUGAAAAUCAAUAUCUCGUUUAUUUCAUAAUAGAAAAUGAAAUAGUGAACACUUCUAUGUCAAUGCUGUUCUCCAUUAAUCCAGAGAACGGUAAUCUUUAUGCACUAAAGACAUUUGAUUAUGAGAUAGAGAAGGAAUUUCUUUUCCACAUCGAGGCCAGAGACUCUGGUGUUCCUCCACUCAGCAGUAACGUGACUGUUCACAUUAUUAUCAUGGACCAGAACGACAACACACCUGUUAUAGUGUCUCCGUGGCGCGCGCACGGCUCAGUUGUGGAGGAGAAAAUACCGAGAUCUACCGAUAAAGGAACUCUGAUAGCCAAAGUAAUUGCUAUAGACACAGACUCUGUGCACAACUCCAGGAUUACAUACCAGUUUCUCCAGAACACUGACGCUACAUUAUUCAGCCUGGAUCAGUACAAUGGAGAAAUCCGGACCAUGAGGAUGUUCAGUUACAGAGACUCGCGCCAUCAGCGGCUGGUGGUGAUCGCCAAGGAUAACGGAGAUCCCGCUCUCUCUGCUACAGUCACCAUCAAACUGUCCACUGUGGAGACCGCGCUUAAAAGCUAUGCUGACAUGACUGAGGUGCCUUUAGAAUAUGACAUCUUUUCUGAUUUAAAUCUGUAUCUGGUAAUCGGACUGGGCUCAGUGUCAUUCCUGUUACUGAUCACCAUAUUGGUGACCAUCGUGCUGAAAUGUCAGAAACCGAAGCCCAGUAAAGCUGCUCCUCCCUGUAGGAACAGUGUGAUCAGUGAGAGGAACUCAACCAUUGCAGAUUCCACUCUGGUCUCGAAUGAUGCCUACUGGUACAGUUUAUUUCUAGCAGAGACCAGGAAAGGAAAGCUGGUGGUUAGACAACCUGUGCCAAAGGGGACAAGGUACAUUGUGUCCAGCAUACCGAGGAGCACAGGACUGACUGAGACUAGUGACUCAGCUGCAUCUACUUUACAGGUAAUUUACAUUUUGAUCAUCAAUGUUACUGGUAACUUUAUCAUUCAAGUGGUUUUAUACAAAGUUGUACCGUUUCAGUACAUGCACAAAGCGUCGCUGCUCACCAUCAAAACUGCGCAAGCCGAGGUAUUCCUUUAUCGCCAUGCGUGCGUCAUUUCAAGGCAGGAUUUCUUUUGUUAUAUGAAGAGGUCUAAGCUGAUCUCCUCGUCACUCCGUAUGAGGAAAAUCAUGAUUUCCUUUUAA